AUGCCUGGUGACUCUGAAAGACAACCGUUGCAGGACGGGGAUUCGAGCCAACCACAAGUACACUAUAUAUCGAUUCCAAUCAAGCGGACAUCUGAGUAUGGAACUGAAGAUUUGUCGGCACCGGCCGGAGGUUUCACGACGAGAAGACAAUCAAUCUUAGAUCAACCGAUAGGAUCUUUCAGAGGGGUAAACUCGCUGAGCAGAUUUGCAACGUCUUUACGCAGAGCAAAUUCUUUUAGACAUAUAGACGUGCAUCCUGAAAUUCAGCGUAACUAUUUUGAAGAUGCCAAUGACGAAAUCUAUGAUCCGGACACUAUGGCGCCUGCCCAUAAUGGGAGGAAGCUCUCCAUCGCUUUGAACCGUGCUGGUAAUAUUUCUGUGCGUCCUUCGAUCACAAAUUUGGAUGGGAGACGCCCUAAUGCCGCUUAUCAGGACUUGGACGACUACGGCGCUAUCAGUGAUUCUAAUUCAGUCAUCCGUGCGGACGGUUCAGUUGCGGAAUCGAUAAGUGGUGUGAGCUAUAGCGACCUGGUCCCCCCAGAUACUGAGUCAAUCAUGAUCAAAAGGAUCGAAGGCAAGGAUGGAGCCGUUGUAACCGUUCUUGCCGGCCAGUCGACCGCCCCUCAAACAAUCUUUAACUCAAUUAAUGUACUUAUAGGCAUUGGUUUAUUUGCUCUACCUUUGGGUCUUAAGCACGCAGGAUGGGUCCUAGGUUCGGCUUUGCUACUACUACUCGCUUGUGGUACAUUUUGCACUGCAGAAUUACUUUCAAGAUGCUUGGACACGGACCCGACCAUAAUGUCGUAUGCAGAUUUAGGCUACGCAGCGUUUGGAAGAAGAGGCCGCGCACUGAUCUCAUGUCUAUUCACGUUAGACCUCUUAGGAAGCGGUGUCUCGCUAAUUAUUCUUUUCGGAGAUUCGUUGAAUGCUUUGUUCCCAUCGCGCUCUUCUAAUUUCUUCAAGGUGGUGGGAUUGUUUGCUGUAACCCCCGCCAUCUUCAUCCCACUGAAUAUUCUUUCUAACAUCUCGUUCCUGGGUAUAAUGUCAACGAUUGGGACCGUCUUUUUAAUCAUCUUUUGUGGGUUUUAUAAAGCAGAAGCGCCUGGAUCGUUACUUCAGCCAAUGGAAACCCACCUAUGGCCCGAGAGUUUUAUGGGAUUUUGCCUUUCGAUCGGCCUCCUGAGUGCUUGUUGGGGUGGCCAUGCUGUCUUUCCAAAUUUGAAAACUGACAUGAGGCAUCCAGAGAAGUUCAAGGACUGCCUGAAGACCACAUACAAGAUUACCUCCGUCGCUGACAUUGGGACAGCCGUCGUCGGAUUUCUAAUGUACGGAAAUAUGGUUCAUGAUGAAAUAACCAAAAAUAUUCUGUUGACUGCAGGAUACCCAAACUUUGUUUAUGGUGCGCUAUCGGCUUUGAUGGCCGUCAUCCCAAUCGCUAAGACACCUCUCAACGCUAGACCCAUUGUUUCAGUCUUAGAUACCCUCAUGGAAAUUGACAAUGCUGAGAGAAAAUUUGAAGGAAAUAGAUUGUACUUUGCCAAAGGUCAGCGCGUUUUCAAUAGAAUUUUUGUCAAUGUUCUGUUCGUUGGAGUUGCGAUAGUUUUCCCAAAGUUUGACAAACUGAUUGCUUUCCUGGGAGCUGGCUUGUGCUUCGCAAUUUGCUUAAUUCUACCAUGUCUCUUCUACAUCAAGAUCUGUAAAAAGACGAUCAAGCCAUGGGAGCAAUUACUUUGCCAUAUCGUCAUAGGUCUCUCCAUCGUGUUGGCUAUUUUGGGUGUUGGUGCAGCAUUUUUGGCCUGA